AAUAAUAAUAAAAAGCCCCAUUGGAGUGAGGCGGGGGUGGCGGCGGCAAGAGCGGCGGGGGGAUCCGGGGAGACUGCUGCCGUCGCUGCUGCUGAUCGCGGCCCGGGACGGGCUCAGGGAGCGGACACCCCGAGCGGGGGGUGCGGGCGCCGCCGCCGCCGCCGCUUCUGCUGCUGUUCCUGCUGCUGCUGUUGGUGCCGCUGCCGCCGCCGGCGAGCGGGCGGGACCGGUGUGAGUGUGAGAGAGUGUGUAUGUGAGUGAGCGUGUGCGAGGACGAGUGUGCGUGCGUGUGUGUGUGAGUGUGUGUGAGUGUCUGUCUGUCUGUGCGGGGACUCGGGGGCGGGCGGUUCGGGCUCUCCUGGCGGAGGAGCCGCCGCCGCCGCCGCCGCCGCCGCUCGGGCCCCGGCGCUUCUCGCUGCGCAGGUUUGGAGCGCGCGCCAUUUUGUGAGAUUUACAAAAUCCUCCUCGGGAAGAAGCCACCGGCAGCGGCCGCGACUCGGCGCCCGGCCUCGCCGCCGCCGCCCUCCGCGCCGGGCCGGGCCUCGCGGCCCCGCCGCCGGGAGUCGGGGUCCGGGGACUGCGGUAUUUGCCGGGGAGGGUGCUAUCGCCUCCCCGGCCCCGGGCGCCGCUGGAACCGCGAGCCGGAGAGAGACUGAGGAGGCUGCGGCUCGGCCGCGGAGCCGGGAGCGCCGGGGGCGGAGAGAGGAGGCCGGGGCGGCGCUGGCUGCGGAGGCCGCGGCGAGAGCGCAGCGGCGAGAGCCCGAGGCAGAGACUCACCGGAGGGAACGGCGCGAGCGCCCCGCCAUCGUCCCGUGUUAUAGUUUUGCUGCUGGACUCUUCCCUCCCUUCCCCCACCCCAUCAGGAUGAUAUGAGACUUGAAAGAAGACGAUGCAUACAGCUGCUGUUGCUGUGCCUGCUUUGGGAGAAGGCAGAGGCAAAGAUGAGGGAACGUAUGGGGCAGCUUUCUUUCCAAAGAAACUUUAUGUGCCUGAAACUUAGUAGCAUCUCCAGACACUUGUUAAAGUGGCAUGGUUGUGGCAUAGCUGAAGUGAUGGCAGCCUGUGGAGGAGAGACUUCAGCAUGCAAACCUUCAUCUGUUCGGCUUGCACCGUCAUUUUCAUUCCAUGCUGCUGGCCUUCAGAUGGCUGGACAGAUGCCCCAUUCACAUCAGUACAGUGACCGUCGCCAGCCAAACAUAAGUGACCAACAGGUUUCUGCCUUAUCUUAUUCUGACCAGAUUCAGCAGCCUCUAACUAACCAGGUGAUGCCUGAUAUUGUCAUGUUACAGAGGCGGAUGCCCCAAACCUUCCGUGAUCCAGCUACUGCUCCCCUGAGAAAACUUUCUGUUGACUUGAUCAAAACAUAUAAGCAUAUUAAUGAGGUUUACUAUGCAAAAAAGAAGCGAAGACACCAGCAGGGCCAGGGAGACGAUUCUAGUCAUAAGAAGGAGCGGAAGGUUUACAAUGAUGGUUAUGAUGAUGAUAACUAUGAUUAUAUUGUAAAAAACGGAGAAAAGUGGAUGGAUCGUUACGAAAUUGACUCCUUGAUAGGCAAAGGUUCCUUUGGACAGGUUGUAAAGGCGUAUGAUCGUGUGGAGCAAGAAUGGGUCGCCAUUAAAAUAAUAAAGAACAAGAAGGCUUUUCUGAAUCAAGCCCAGAUAGAAGUGCGACUUCUUGAGCUCAUGAACAAACAUGACACUGAAAUGAAAUACUACAUAGUGCAUUUAAAACGCCACUUUAUGUUUCGAAACCACCUCUGUUUAGUUUUUGAAAUGCUGUCCUACAACCUCUAUGACUUGUUGAGGAACACCAAUUUUCGAGGUGUCUCUUUGAACCUAACACGAAAGUUUGCACAGCAAAUGUGCACUGCACUGCUUUUCCUUGCGACUCCAGAACUUAGUAUCAUUCACUGUGACCUAAAACCUGAGAAUAUCCUUCUUUGUAACCCCAAACGCAGUGCAAUCAAGAUUGUUGACUUUGGCAGUUCUUGUCAGCUGGGGCAGAGGAUAUACCAAUAUAUUCAGAGUCGCUUUUAUCGGUCUCCAGAGGUGCUACUGGGAAUGCCUUAUGACCUUGCUAUCGACAUGUGGUCCCUUGGGUGUAUUUUGGUUGAAAUGCACACUGGAGAACCUCUGUUCAGUGGAGCCAAUGAGGUAGAUCAGAUGAAUAAAAUAGUGGAAGUUCUGGGUAUUCCACCUGCUCAUAUUCUUGACCAAGCACCAAAAGCAAGAAAGUUCUUUGAGAAGUUGCCAGAUGGCACUUGGAACUUAAAGAAGACCAAAGAUGGAAAACGGGAGUAUAAACCACCAGGAACCCGCAAACUUCAUAAUAUUCUCGGAGUAGAAACAGGAGGACCUGGUGGGCGUCGUGCUGGGGAAUCGGGUCAUACAGUAGCUGACUACUUGAAGUUCAAAGACCUCAUUUUAAGGAUGCUUGAUUAUGACCCCAAAACUCGAAUUCAACCUUACUAUGCCCUGCAGCACAGUUUUUUCAAGAAAACAGCUGAUGAAGGUACAAACACAAGUAAUAGUGUAUCCACGAGUCCUGCCAUGGAGCAGUCACAGUCUUCGGGCACCACCUCCAGUACAUCUUCAAGCUCAGGUGGGUCAUCGGGGACUAGCAACAGUGGGAGAGCCAGGUCGGACCCAACGCACCAGCAUCGGCACAGCGGCGGGCACUUCACAGCUGCUGUCCAGGCCAUGGACUGUGAGACACACAGUCCCCAGGUGCGUCAGCAAUUUCCUGCUCCCAUUGGUUGGUCAGGCACUGAAGCUCCUACACAAGUCACUGUUGAAACUCAUCCUGUUCAAGAAACAACCUUUCAUGUAGCCCCUCAACAGAAUGCAUUGCAUCAUCACCAUGGAAACAGUUCCCAUCAUCAUCACCACCACCACCAUCACCACCACCACCAUGGACAACAAGCCUUGGGCAACCGGACCAGGCCAAGGGUCUACAAUUCUCCAACAAAUAGCUCCUCUACCCAGGAUUCUAUGGAGGUUGGCCAUAGUCACCACUCCAUGACAUCCCUGUCUUCCUCAACUACUUCUUCCUCUACAUCUUCCUCCUCUACUGGUAAUCAAGGCAAUCAAGCCUACCAGAAUCGCCCAGUGGCUGCUAAUACCUUGGACUUUGGACAGAAUGGAGCUAUGGACGUUAAUUUAACCGUCUACUCCAAUCCCCGCCAAGAGACUGGCAUAGCUGGACAUCCAACAUACCAAUUUUCUGCUAAUACAGGUCCUGCACAUUACAUGACUGAAGGACAUCUGACAAUGAGGCAAGGGGCUGAUAGAGAAGAGUCCCCCAUGACAGGAGUUUGUGUGCAACAGAGUCCUGUAGCUAGCUCGUGACUAAAUUGAAACUUGAGUUUGUUUCUUGUGUGUUUUUAUAGAAGUGGUGUUUUUUUCCAAAAAACAAAGUGCAAAGCUGCUUGAAUCAGAAGGAGAUUAACACACUGAACCGCUACAAGAGGGCAAAGCUGACUUUUUUUUUUUUUAACUUGAAAAGAUUGCAAAGGGACAAUGAAGUUUUUAAAAGAGCCAUGUCCAAACCCAUCUUCACGGAUAGCUCAGAGGUGUCCUCUUUUUGCCUCCCCCAUUUUAACUCGCCACAUCCCAGUCAUAGUGGGGUUUUUGUCUUUCUAUUCCACAGAAGUUGUUGUUCAGAUGUUGGUCUUAAUCAUUUGCCAACUAAUUUUAAAAUAAAAGGCACUGCACAUAA